CUUUUAAAAGGGCUCCAAGUUUAGGAUUCACUUUCCAGAUGCUGGCCAGUCUUUAAUGAACAGACAAUCCCAGGCGGGCAUGAGGCCAUGCCGCAGCUGACGCCGUGCGCUGAGUCGCGCGCGGCGCGGCCCGGCCGCAGCCGACUGCGCGUCUACAAGGUGGUGGUGCUGGGCGAGGGUGGCGUCGGCAAGUCGGCCCUGGUCCUGCAGUUCGUCAGUCACAACUUCAUCGAGUAUCAUGACCCCACCAUCGAGGACGCGUACCAGCAGCAGGCGGUGAUAGAUGGCGAGCCGGCGCUGCUCGACAUCCUGGACACGGCCGGCCAGGUGGAGUUCACCGCCAUGAAGGAGCAGUACAUGCGCUGCGGCGAGGGCUUCAUCAUCUGCUACAGCAUCUGCGACCGUCGCAGCUUCGAGGAGGUGGCCGAGUAUCGUCGCCUGUUGAGCCGCGUGCGCGCCUCUGACGACGUACCGCUGGUCAUCGUCGGCUGCAAGCUUGACUUGGACCAGCGGCGCAAGGUGACGCCCGAGGAGGGCCGGGACCUGGCCCGCGAGCUGAACGCGCCCUUUUUCGAGACCUCGGCCGCAUAUCGCCGGUUCGUUGACGACUCGUUCCACGCUCUAGUGCGUAUCAUCCGCAGCCAGGAGCGAGAUAAGACCGAGGAGGAGCAGCGGCGCCAGCGGCGGCGGACGGGCGUCGCGCCGCGCAUCCGCAAGCGCUGGCACCGGCUCUGCAGCCUCGUGUCGCUGGCGUUCCGGCGCCGCCGUCGCGACCGGCUCAAGUCGCCCGCCACAGUGUAGCGGCCCGGCCACGGCCGCCGCCGCUCGUCAGGUCAUGGUGCGUGACCUGGUUAGCAGAGUACGCCGACCGGCCAGCAGAGGCAGCUGCGCGGGUCAUUCCCUGAGGUCUCUCAAGCAGCGGCGAGCAGCGGCCGGCCGGCGAGGACCGCUGCUCUGCUGCCGAGCGUAGCGUUGCUGCAGCGCCGCUUGGCUCGGGCCCAGCGCAGGCCGCUUCAGCAGGUGUUGCUCGGCGCCUCGGCUACGUCGGCGCCGCUGUGUACGCGCCGCGGGACCGUGCGGCCGAGGGCCGUGUCGGUCGCCGCCCACGCCCUCCCUGCGCCUGCGCUCCACGGCUGAGGCGCGCCCUGCACACUGGAGUGGGCGGCCGAGACGGAUCAACGUGGUCGCCAGUAGCUGCAGAGAAACGUUCGGAGGCUGCGGAAUGGCUAUUCUGAGGACGAGAAGAGGUUCUGAGGGCUAGCCGUCGGAGGUCACGUCCUGACGCUGGUGUGGAGGCCAGACCCCGACCCGUCUGUCCCUGGAGGCAGCCCUUCCACGACCGGUGCGGGGAUGGAGUUUCAGGCUGCCCUGGCUGGUACGGGCACAGAGUUCGCUGCUAAGGCUGGUCAGGGCAUCCAGUUCGCUGUUGAGGCUGAUGCCGGAUGAACUGUUGUGGGCUGAUGACUGACGCAGUGGUGGAAGUCCAGCCGCUGCGGCUGAUGCGGGUGACGCUGCUUGCGCUAGUCCUAUGCCGCUGCAGGCUGUAUAAAUCUCUACUGACCUUGUGGCCAAUUGUUGGCUUUGUUUGGGGAUAGGCGAUAGUGCGCCGUGCCGUUGGCGGCUGAUGCAUGGAGUCGCUGCUAAGGCCUCGCUGAACGCGUCGUGGUGCGGCGCGCGCUCUUGCCGCCGCUUUUGUUCGUCUAGUCAGUUUACGUAGACCAAUAGGGCUGGUUGUCAUGUUUUAUUGGUUUUGUUGCCAGAACUUGCUUUCGAAAUGCGAUGUUUAGAGGAGCAUCGCAGAACCGCAUGGUCUUCCCAGCGUACAACUUGCUUACGAGGCUUUAGAGGGGUCGAACGGCAACUCGAGACAAACGGCCGUGCCUGCCGUUAUUGCGGCCACAUGCGUGUUGAUUGUCGGUAUCAUGAGCCAGCGCGAGACGUCCAGGCUGUUCAGGUCGUCUCGUCGGGGCCUCGGCAGAGAAGCGGGGGCGCAGCGUCUCACAACCUAUCGGCGUAUUUACUCUUGCUUUGCGGUUGGUCCUGACACUAGUGUUCAGUUUCAUAACCGAAUUAAUGGAUGUCUUUUUAAGUUAUGUCUUGUUAGCGUGGAAGCUGUGACCUUGUUUGCCUCACUGACUUACUCCAGCUCGUAACGCACACUACAGUAUAGAAACGGCUUAGGUGUCCUUUCGCUUGAUGAAAUCGACUGGUGUUUUUUUUUGUGUGUGCACAUUUUAUUGUUCUCGGCCGGAUCAUGUUUUAGUAGAUUGCAUCUUAACAUCACAGGUGCUGUUCAAGCCCAUAGACAUUCGGCUGCAUACAGCCAGGCUCUGUGAUAGGAAGACGGAUUUCGUGUUCGCACAAGUGUGCAGUGUACAAUGGCGCACCAGCACAACGAAUUGCUGACCAAGGCGCGCUUUGGCGAGCGGUUAUUCCGCCGUGCUACAGCUGAGCCCGGGCAGCAGCUGUGCCUCUGUAAGCUAACGACUGUUCCCCACCUGACUGGAGCCGAUGGCCAUCGCUGUAAUAGGUAUUUGCCGGUGCUUAUAAUACACGUGACGGCUGA